GCUCCACCUGCUGAACUAAAAGCUAUUUUCUUCCCUCUCUCCUAAAUAGCAAUCCCCCCCCUCCCCCCCUUUGUGUUGCUAAGCUUGACCAGGAUUUCUCAAAUUUUCUGGCACUUUAUUCUCUCCCUCUCUUAUUUAUUUGCUUCGGAUCAUUGCCCUUCCUACAACCGUCUGCAUACCCAUCUCCUUGGAAACAGCAGGACUUGUUUAUGUGAAGGCAAUAAGGAAACUAAUUGAUUUGUAGCAGCUGCAGACAUGCAAGAAAGCAGGGUUCCUUCCACUGCAGGAUGGUAACUCAUGAAAAAGCGAGCCUCCAGUUGUGCUAAUUGCUGAAGGUUUAGAUGACAUGGGCAAAAACGACCUUACACUUCAGUUUCCAAAUUGUGUUCCACUUAACAGCAGCGGCAGGAAGUUUGGUGUGCGUGUAUGUGUAUUUUUAAGGACCAUUUUUUUGUUAGUCCUUCUUGUCAUCAGUGUGUAAGAGUUGAGAAGCAACAGGAAAACAGGCUAUGGAUUCAGAAUCUAAGGACAGCUUCAUAGGAAGCUUUCUUCAGCCACCAGAUAAAAUGAUUCCUGCAUCCUUUGCUUAUACAGAAUCAAAGAAGUUGGCAGCUGUUGGAGUUGACGGGCCUUCUAUCUCCAAUAACCAAGCUGUGGUGGCAGCCCUGAGAACUCUUCAAGAAAAGAUCCACUGUCUAGAGCUGGAGAAGUCACAAGCUGAAGAUAAUCUGUGCAGCCUCUCCAUAGCAGCUGCUCAGUAUAAGAAGGCCUUAGAGCAUGAAUCCUACAAAAAAGACAUAACACAUCAAGAACUGAUGCAACAGAGGAAAGAUUUAAGUGUGCAGUUAAAUGCAGCACAAUCCCGCUGCUCCCUGCUGGAGAAACAGCUGGAUUACAUGAGGAAAAUGGUUUCCAGUGUGGAACUGGAAAAGAAAAUGGUUUUAGAACAACAGACCCAGCUUCAGAAAGAUCAGAACCAGGUAGAACUGCAUGCCAAACUUGAAAAACUUGAAAUACUAGAAAAAGAGUGUCUUAAACUUUCUGCUACUCAAAGAAUUGCAGAGGACAAAAUCAAACACUUAGAAGAAAAGCUUUCUAAAGAAGAGCAUCAGCACAAGCUACUACAAGACAAAGCUACUCAGCUUCAAAAAGAAUUUGAGAUAAGCAGAAUUUUGAUGUCUUCACUAUCAUCUGAAAAUGAAUGUAAAAAGAAAAACAGGAAGAAAAAUAAACCUAAGAAGCAGAAAAAUGCUACAAUGAAGAAAACGUGCCCUUCGCAAUUUCACGUAAAGGCGGGUGUACUACCUUUUGUAGCUGGAAAGUCUGUCAGCUCCAGCCAUUCUGUUAGUGCAAAUGUGCAAAGUGUGUUGCAUAUUAUGAAGCAUCGCUGUCCACGUAUCACAUCACGAAGACAAGAUGGAGCUACAUCUGGGAUUUCAGGACAAACUGCUCUUUCAAAACCUGUAUUGUCUUGUUCUACAUCAUCUACUGUCACUGGAAGUCUUUCUGACCUUCUCUUGGCCAUACAAGAUGAGAUGAGCCAAAUGAGCUUUGAACAUCAAGAACUUCUGAAGCAGAUACAGGAAACUCAGGACUCCAAAGUUCAUGAAGAUCUAGAACAGAAACUGAGUUGCCUUGUAAAACAAAUGAACAUUAAAGAAGAACAAAUAUCCAAGCUGAAGAAACACCAGACUAGCGUGCAGAAAUUAAAGCGAAAGACUCAGAAAUUGAAACAAGAGGCAGCUCAUGUCAAACUAAAAUAUGGUAACCAAAAGGAAGCAAAGGAGAUUACAGUCACUGUAAGGCCAAGUAUGUCCAAAUCUCGUGCUGGACAGAAAAGUAGCAGGUCCCUUGAGCUGCUAAAAAAUGUGCAGAAGCUUCAGUUGACACUGAAAGAAGAUGAUAUUAUGUGGGAACAGUAGUUCUAAAGUUUACUGUGUUAGAAGUUUUGAAGUUGUCUGACAGCUAGUGAAUUUUAAAUUUCACAAAGUAGCUUUUCAAAAUAAAAUAGAUAUAGCAAUUCACAUUCUAAACUAUCUAACAACUAGUAGGCCAGUUUGUUCUCCUCAGAAUUAACUUUCAUGUAACGUAGCUAUAAUUCCACUACACUGAAUUGUAAUAAAGUAUUUUAAUGGAUUGAUGAAAUGCUUACGCAUUAACUUGUCAAAUAAAACUUAAUACUCUUCUUAAACUUAAAAUAAU